AAUGGGAGCAACCUAACCUAACUUCACUUUGCUUUGAUUUUUCUACUUUGCUAUUGUUUUUUUGCCAUUUGAGCAUAUGUUUUCGGUGUUUUUGUUUCAAGUUCAAGUUAUCUCGGGCUGCCGUUAGUUCCGUUCUCUCUCUGGCCCCUGGCCCAUAUGUGGGUCAUUUUUUGGUUUUUUCAAAAGUUCUGGAAAUUUAAAGUAAUAUCUCUGAUCCUCAACAAAAAUUUAAAGGCAACAUUUCCGAAGGAUCUUCCAACUGUGGAACUCUCUAGCUGUCAUCGGUUACUGGAUAAGGACAACAUAUUUUUUCCUCGUCUUAAUCUACUAAGUUCUCCAAUUUGGAGGAACCCAACUCAAACAAGCAAUUUGCCUUGAGAAACAAUAUGCGUUUUCACUUCGCAUUUCAGACUCUGAAGAGCUACCGUCAGAUCACCAAGUCCAGGAGCUGUUGCUCCUCAAAAGAGGGAAGAAACACUUAUUGAAAUUUGUAGUGACACGAGGACACCAUCCUCUCAUUACGUACCUCUGUUAAACUUUUAUCAUAUGUGACUUCCACCGGUAUUAGCCCACAAUGAAUUUCAGUGGCACAGUCCGUUUGAACACCUUUGGUGUUUGUGUCAUUAUUGCCACCCUCAUUUUGUUUUAUAUUUACAUAUUUAGUUCAAAUUCCCUUAAUCGUUCAGAAAAGAAGAAUGUAGUCAACCUUCGAAAACUGCUCAUCACUGCAAUUGAGGUAGCAGAAAAAGGUGGUAAGCAAGUGAAACUAGUUCGAGAAGAGAUGACUUUAAAUAAACACAGCAAAGGGAAAACGAAAGAAGGAGCUGAAAUGUUGGUAACCAAUGCAGAUUCAUCAUCACAUUGCAUCAUGUUCUUCGGUCUAACUCACACGUUUCCUCACUUGAAAGUAGUGUCUGAAGAACAAGAAAGUUCAAAACUCUGCGACAACACUCAACCUGUGCUUGAUUUGGAUCCCGCUUCCAAAGAAGGGUUAUCAAGGCUUGUUGACUCAGAAGUGUUCACCGAAGAUUUGAUGGUGUGGAUUGAUCCAUUAGAUGCCACCCAAGAGUACACAGAAAAUCUGCCGCAGUAUGUCACAACAAUGGUUUGCGUUGUAUUCAGAGGGAAACCGAUAAUUGGCGUAAUCCAUAAACCAUUAGAGAAAGAACCUGUCACUUAUUGGGCUUGGCUGGAACAUGGUAGAUCAACAAGUCUCACAGGCCUUUUAGCCACCAGGAAGAGUCCAGAAUCAAAAUCAACUGUGAUAAUCUCUCGCUCUCAUGCCGGGAAGGGAGUUCAAAUUGCUGAAAGUGCUUUUGGCAAAGAAACUAAGAUCAUUGAAGCAGGGGGCUCUGGUUACAAAUCUCUUGCUGUAGUCAGUGGAAAUGCAUCUCUCUACAUGCAUUUAACCCAGAUCAAGAAAUGGGACAUUUGUGCCCCAGAUGCUAUUCUUCAAUCUGUUGGAGGCAGGCUGUCUACGUUAGAGGAUGAUGAAAUCGACUAUUCAUCGGAGCAAGAGAAAGUGAAUGAGCAUGGUGUAGUCGCUAGUUACAAAGAUCAUGACUAUUACAUAAAAAAACUUAGUGCUGUAAAAGACUCAUGGUCCAAGUCAAGCUAAACUCUCAAGACUUGAUAAUGAUGAUUCAGUCACAAGUUCCUUUGUUUUAAGUUGAAUUAUGUGUAUAUAGAUUAGUUUAAAUUUUUUAACGUGAAAUAUACUCGGAAACUUCUUGUUUUACUUUUAAA